AAAGUCGCGUUGAUACGCUCGGGCCAUUUUCAGUUAACGUCAAGAAAGAGUUUACACUUGUCAUUCUUCCUAAGGAUGGAUCUCCGAAUAUCGAUUCUUCUGCUCGCGCUGCUUCUUCUGGCAGAAUGCGAGGAUACUACUGUAAAAGACACGACUGUAGAUUCGAAUGAGAUUACGAUUGAAAAUUCGACGCUGGAGUCCUCGAUCUUAUGCAGCGUGUGCUCUUGUACAGAUGGCUAUGUAAACUGCAGUAACAAAGGCUUGGAAAAUCACUUUGAGGAUAGACAAUGGUUGAACGUAACGGCUAAAGAGAUUUCGUUCGAGCACAAUCGCUUGGUACACAUCACGCCUUUCCCAAAGAUAAUCGUCGGCAAGAUAAUUUUGCGGAAAAAUCAAAUCUCUACGAUCGAUCGACACGCCUUUAAGGAACUCGUUAAUCUCACCGAAUUGGACUUGAGUAAUAACCAGAUCACGUCGCAACAGUUACGGCCGCAUAUUUUCGAGGGUCAUUUCAAACCAGAAGCGUACGAGCCCUUACCGUUGAAAAUAUUGAACCUAUCUAAUAACAUACUCCACUCGUUACAUCAGAGUAUAUUCGAGCAUAUCGCCGACCUCGAGGUGUUGAAUCUCUCCGGGAAUCCUUUUGGCGUACUCGACUAUCCUACAUCUAUAGCUAUCAGUAGUUUAUCGUAUUUACGAGAAUUGGAUAUCAGUUAUUGCAUGUUAAAAGAACUACCAAAUCUUCAAUUCCACAAUGCCAAAUAUUUAAAGAGAUUAAACUUGGCCGGCAAUGAAUUCACAGUUGUGCCCAGGUCAUUAGAAGAGGCCGAAGUCUUAGAGUAUCUAAGUUUGGACAACAAUCCGAUAGGCGUUAUCGAUGGCGCAAACGCUUUUCCCAACUUGACGAAACUGCGAGAGCUCAGUCUACGCGAUAUGUCAAGUUUAACGAUGAUUGGAAAUGACGGCUUAUCGAAGUUAAUCGGCCUGGAGGAUCUCCGCGUGAAAAACUGCAAGAAAUUGGAAGUGAUCGAGGAAUACGCGAUCGCGAUCACGACAAAGAACGGAAUGUUCUGGCCUCCGUUGAAGAAACUCGAUCUAUCGUCUAACGCGCUACGAUACUUGCCGAUGUUAUUUCUCGACAGAUGGGAUAGACUCGAAGAAUUACAUCUAUUGCACAACCGUUGGAGCUGUGAUUGCCAGAAUCAAUAUCUGAUUGGGACCAUAUUGCCGGAAUACGCAGCGAAUCGGAAGGCGACGGCCGAAGUCGGCCAACUCACCUGUUCUGCGCCGCCGGAACACGCAGGUAAGAAGCUCGCAUCCCUGGCCGAACGACACCUACGCUGCUUGGAUUUGUACGACGCGCGACCGGAGAAGGAUGCCGCGGUACUCGUAGGGAUGCUGAUCGGUUUGUUGAUCGCGAUUCCGGUCGGGAUGACGCUCUUCGCCUUCUGGCGACGCGGCCUCUUCUUUUGCGGUUCGCAGAGUCCCGCCAGUUUCUCCCGCGCAUUUUACAAGCGCGCGUCCAACGACGAUGAUAUUUGAUAAGCCGACAUAUUUUUUUAACACUUAGUAAGUUAAAGAUAGGUAAGAACAAACCUGUUUGCUAUAUUAUUUUUUAAACAUUAAGAGAUGCAAAACGAUUUACAUUCAUCAUCAAACAGCAGCGAAAUUUGUAAUAUAUAUGACACAUGUAUAAUGCAUCGAAUACUUCUAGUCUAAUC